CAACAAAGAUAGGAGAACAUUGCGAAAACUGUCGGGGAAGCUACUGGGACUGUCAAAAGAUAUGAAAGAUCCAUCAUAUAACAGAACUUGGAUUAACAAGACAGUCAAUGAGGAUGAACUGUCCUCAUAUGGCAAAGACCACAAAGGGAAACUAUUUUAUACAAUGUUUCCAAUACAAGACACCUCAUACAGGUUUAAAGUGCAGUUCAUCAUCACAGCAGACACGCACACUAAUGUUGAUAUCAUCUCAGAAUACGCAGAAAUUAAUAGAACGAUGAUCAUUACAACGGGUGUUGAAUACAUAAAUAUUCCAAGCGUAGUUGUCAAUUUGGAAACAGGUAGAUCAUAUACAACCUUUUUUAUUUCGGCUGAUCAACUAAUUACUGUUGUUGGACUUAUAAGUGAAUUUAGUUGCAACAGUGAUUGUGAAUCAUCAAGUUUUAUUGUUUUGCCGUUAACUGUCUUGGAUAAGGAAUACUCUCUAAUCACACAACCAAACAACAUACAAAACUGCGGGAUCAUCGCAACAGCUACAAAUACUACAAUUGUCAUAGAGAUUGAUUUAAAAAGCAAAAUAUCAGUUGGAAAUGCUAUUAUCCAACCUGGACAAAACAUUAAUAUGGUUCUUGACUAUUUAGAAGGUUUUAAUAUUCAGACUCAUAGCAAUUUGACUGCAACGAAAAUCUAUGCUAAUAAACCAAUAGCUGUUAUAUCAGGGAAUAAGUAUUCGUCUCAAAAAGUAGUCACUAAACGUUAUCCUUAUCGUAGAUAUCAUUCCGAUAGUGUGUAUGAAAGUAUGAUUCCUAUUGAUAAAUGGUGUCGACAUUUUAUAAUCCCACCAAUUCAUAAGGCAUCCAGUUUUAUAAUUAGAAUAAUUAGCCGAUAUAGAAAUACAACUAUAACCAUAAAGGAUAAUUCAUCAUGGUCGAUUGCUGAGCGUGGAGAUCAGAUAGAGAUUGAAUUAUCACCCAAGUCGUAUUAUGUAUCUGCUUCCAAUCCAAUACUAUUAUGUAUGUAUGCAUUAACUGAAGGCAGUGGAAUUAGCAUGAUGAUUGUUCCGGGAAUCGAACAUUUUUCGAAAGAGUAUGUUAUUGCACCACCAAAAGAUAUGUUUUCUACGAAUUGCAUAACGAUAAUCAUCAAAACAUCGGACGUAAACGGACUUCGAUUUGUUGGCAAUCUUUUAACUGUGGAAUCCACUGUAAUAAUGGCGCGUAACGAAAGUUUUACAACAGUUGUGAAGACGAUGACUGGUCAUUCAGUUUACAAAAUACGUCAUGUGUCUAGGACUGCAUUAUAUGGGGUUGUUGUAUAUGGAUUUAAGUACGAUUCAGCUUAUGGAUACCCAGCCGGAUUUAGGUUUUAGUUUAAACUGCUGAUUAUUGUGUUUUAGGCAAAUAUGAAUGAUAUAGGUUGUCAGUUAUAUACAAUGUAAUUGUUUGCAGUCGUUAUAUGAUUUUUCUGCAAAGGACUAUUAUUUUCCUUAAACGACUUAUAAGGCAAAGAUAAAGAAAGUAUAGUACUACUUUGCAGUUCCACGUCUAUUUAAUUUUACAAAGAACUGAGUAUAAAACAUAGGUGUUAAUAAGGAACUCUAUGCUGUAUUAUUUAUGGUGUGUGCAUGUCUAAUAAUGCAGUUAAACAAUACAAUAGUCGGCUGUCAAUAUUAUUGACAGGGGACCUUAUGCUCACUGUACUAAACGAUGGAUGAUAAAUAUUAACCUUAGAAAACAUUUGUUCUCUUGGAUUUUUUUGUUUAAAAGUGUUUAUGACAUGAUAGUUUUAUCUAAAUUC